AUGUUGAAGUUCUUGUCGAGAGUGAACAUCGAGUUCAACACGUUGGAUCCACGUACAGCGUCGUGCAUGGAGUUCUUGGCACAGUGCAACACUCGCAAGGCGAAGGAGUCGAACCCGGCCAGUCAGGUCCUCGUCAAGCGCCGGACCGACGACGAGCCGCCCAAGAUCGCCGUCACCUUCGUCAACGGAGUCGAGGAAGUCUUCGACGCCACGUCCACGCCUGCCCAGAGCAUAAGGACCAUGAUUCUCCAAAAGGGUCAGUCCCUCGAGACCGAGCAGAUGUUCCGCGAGGCCGGUGAGCCCUGGCCCGUCCUCAUUCCCGAGGAGGAGCUCCACCAACUUCUAAAUCAAACACACCUAGCGGUCUAG